AUGGGGCUGUUCCAGGAUGAAAAGCAGACCAACCAUGGCCGAUUCCAGUUCUUAGCUUUCGAGGCUAUUCCACAGUUAGGUGAACGAUUUCUACAACCUUUUCCAGGCGCAGAUGAGGAAUGUCCGAAGAUGUGCAAGUCAAUGUUCAAAAAAUGCGACAUGAAAGGAAUUCCUUUCGAGAGAAUAAGUGCACAACUUGGUACAACUAAGGACAUUGAUAAUAUCCUAACUGCAAACGCUAGUGAGAAGCGUCUUCUGGAAAGAAUCACAGAACCUGAGGACGACGUUGAUGAGCAUUGUGUCGUUGUCGAGAGUUGGAUGAAGCUCGCAAAGCGAUCGCAGGUCGUAUUUUUGAAGGAUAUGUACGACGAAGAUGUGGCAAGAUUAGCAGAAGCUCCUCCUCAGAACCAUGAAGCGGUGAACACCGAAGCGGUGAACCCGGAAGCUGUUAACACGCCAUCCUCAGAAUUGAUAGAGCUUAUCCAGAGCAUGAAGAAGGAGAUGGAAGAGCGUAUGACGACAAUUGAGAAGAAAGUUGAUCGGUUGGAGGUAAGGAUAGCUCCGAUUGAAGCUUAUGUGAAUGAGCAAACUGCUCAUAUGAGGAUGGAGGAUGACAACAUUUGCCAUGACAUCUCACAGGGUUCAAAAGAGAGAGACGGUAAUGAAAGUGGUGACAGGGAUCUCGAAGACGUGGCAGAGGGACUUCGAGACCCGCCACAGGUCAGAGACCCUUCGCAGGACAAGGGUUUAGAAGAACCGCCACAGGUCAGAGAGCCCUGGCCGAUGAAAGUCGAGACCCUUCGCAGGACAAGGGAGAGGAAGAACCGCCACAGAGAUAAAUCGCAGGAAAAGGAAGUUGAUGAUGUCUCUGGCAAAGAGAAAGAAAGCGAGCCCGAAAAGGAGAAAGAAGGAGGUGAAAGUCUCGACAGUGUGGUCGCUUCUCCUGAAGGCAAUGUGGAGAAAGAAGGAGGUGAAAGUCUCGGCAGUGUGGUCGCUUCUCCUAAACGACCAAUUUCUCAUCGCCCUAAGCUGAAAGUCCAUCUAAAACGGGAUCGAGAUGGAAUGAACGAGAAGCGGGACGAGGGUAAAAGGCAGAAGCGGGAGAAGCUCUUGGAGGAGGCUAACCAGCCGAGGGUGUCUACAAGGGUAGCUGGGAAGAUAGAGAAGAAGGCAGCAGAAAAGGUAGAGAAGGAAAGGAAAAAGGCAGAAGGAAAAGGCAGAAAAGGCUGA